UAGAGCGGGGACUGGAGGAUGCAUCGGCGUGGUUGAGGAUAUAGAAGACGUACUAGAGAGAAAUCGAUCCUGCUCGUUGUCGUGGGGGGGUUGUUGUGCUGUUGCCGCAGGAUAAUCGUCGACUUGGAAGUUCUACAAGCGUUGAAAUUCGAGUGCGUCUAGCUGGCGUGCCAAGGCUUUCUAAGCGAGCGCAGGGGUGGGGCCGUCACAUUAGGUAAGGCGUACUUGAACGUCGACGCGUUCGAAUUCUUGCCUCUUCAUCUGCACCAUCGAAAAGCACGACUCCCGCGCAGGAGUAGUGGUCUAACUCGUGACUUGCAUCCGAUCUAUCUUGCACAUCCGUCGCUGCAAACCGCCACUUCAUCGAUUCCAGACGGCACACUAUCACUUUCGCGGCGGGAUAGACCGCUGGAGAGACAGGCUCCCAGUGUUUGACUACAGUAGAGAUGGACACAAAGACUCGGUCGAAGCUUACCAUACUAUGCCGCCAAUACUUCCAACUGGUUGAGCCUGCGCAGCUCAGAUGGCCGGAAGACGCCGUUCUCAAGGACCCUAGGGUCCAGUCAUGGAUCUUCAACAGUCUCUUCAACGCGGAAAAGGUUAUGAACCCGCCACCGGAGCGUUACCGACUUAGGGUUCUCAAAUCCCUUGUAUCAAGGCUUGAACAGUCAAUUGAUGAUCCAGAGGAGGAUGAAAUUUCAGAUGAUCUCAUGUCUGAAUUGGCCUGCCUCCUGAGCUCCAAUAUUCCCUCGGAAUCUGCCUCUGCUGAACGGAAAGCAUUCGUGACAUACACUUAUGCUCUCCACUCUACUAGGGGAAGCAUGCCGGAAGACUGCACGGUCACUCUUCUCGAAUCUCGAUAUGUGAUUUCCGCGUCUGGGACCACCGGGCUUCGGACAUGGGAGGCAGCACUGCUCCUAGGAUCGUUUCUAGUUUCUGAAGCCGGCCGAGCAAUUAUCCGCGGAAAGAGAGUGUUUGAAUUGGGAGCUGGGACGGGCAUGCUCUCUAUAUUGUGCGCGAAGCAUCUCGGUGUAUCCGGUAUUGUGGCUACAGAUGGCGAUGAGGCAGUUGUCGAUGCGAUCAAAACUAACCUCUUCCUCAACAAACUUGACGACGAGUCAACCCCAGCAGCUCUCCGAACGGCGGCUCUGAAAUGGGGCUGGCCGCUUAACGCAGCCACUUUCGCAGAAGACUAUGGCAUGGAAGUACCGGAUGUGCUUCUCGGGGCAGACGUCACUUACGACAAACUCGUUAUUCCGGCCCUCGUUUCGUCAUUGCGGGAAUUCUUUGAGCUGAAUCCGGCUCUGCAGGUGCUAGUUGCUGCAACGAUACGCAAUGAGCAGACGUUCGAGACCUUCCUGAACUCGUGUAAGCGAAACGGCUUCAGUGUAGCACUAAUCGAUUUCCCGCCGACACCAGCGCACCUCCAGGAUGGUCCUUUCUAUCCAACACCGACGCCGAUUCAGAUCUGGCAAAUCACCCGCCAUCGGCCAUCAGGGGACCCGUUCGCACUUUGACCGUCUCGGAGGGUUUCUAUUCGACCGACACGUGUCAGCCGCGAUUGCGUUUACUUGUUGAAUGCACCCAGGCACUACUGCGCGAGAAUACCGUAUGUUUCAAGCUGGUGCGUUAAUUUUUGACGCUCAAGGAAUGUCGGACAUCGAGUGCUCUCGACAAAAGCUGCCAUUGGCCGAGGCCGGGAAUUUGUUGCGCACUAAAUAGGAAAAAUGGAGCACCGUCUUCCGAUGCUUCGCCAAUUUGCUCA